AUGAAACAAAUUCUCAGCACUUAUCUCUACUUUUCCUUGUUUCUGCACAUGAUCGUUGUCACCAUGUUCGUUGCCGGCGAUUCGCCACCUAUCUAUAAGCCAGUCGAAGUUAUCACCGUCAAUUGUGGCUCUUCCAACAACAUAUUCAAUGACCAUGAUCAGCGAACUUGGACUGGAGAUAUCAACUCAAAAUUUUCACCCUUUGAACCCCAAGUAGUUGGCAACACAUCCAUAUUUAAAAAAGCACCUCAUUCGUACACCGUCCAACAAGUGCCUUACACCACAGCGAGGCUUUCUUACUCUGAAUUUACCUACAGAUUUUUUCACCUCACCCCCGGCCAAAAGUUCAUUCGUCUUUAUUUCUACCCAGCUUCAUACCCCGACUUUGAUUACUCCAAAGCCCUCUUCUCUGUCAAAGCCGGUGGUUUUACCCUUCUCCACAACUUCAAUGCGUCAGUCACUGCUGCUGCUUCUGGGCUGGAGGAGACGGUAUACAGAGAAUUUUGUAUGAACAUUGGGGAGGAAGAAGAAGAACAGAAUAUAAGCAUCACGUUCACUCCGAGCAGCGCAAUCGCAGAUGCGUAUGCAUUUAUCAAUGGAAUCGAAAUUGUGUCCAUGCCUACCAACCUUUACUACACAACAGAUGGGAUUCAAUCGGUAGGCAGUGAAAACAAAAACGUUGGUAUUGAAAACAACACAGUUCUGGAGACGGUUUACCGAAUCAACGUGGGCGGAAGUGCGGUCUUUUUUGAUAAAGACACCGGCAUGUUCCGCAAUUGGCGUGAUUAUACAUACGAGGAAAGGUACUUGGAUGAGUUUAGUCAUAACCAUAGUGUUUUGCCACAAAAUUCUAGUAUUCAACUCCAUUUUACCAACACAAAACCACCGUACUCUGCUCCAAUAGAAGUCUACCAAACCGCUCGGGCAAUGGGCAUGAACAGGACCAUAAACAAGAGCUAUAAUCUCACCUGGAAUUUCCCAGUUGAUUCCAAUUUUCGUUACCUAGUUAGGUUUCAUUUUUGUGAGUUUCAACCUGAAGUUAUGGAAGUGGGAUAUCAAGUGUUUCUAAUUUACAUGGAUCAUCAAGCGGCUGAAGAAAGAGCGGACAUAAUCAUGUGGGCUGGUGGGAAUGGGAUUCCAACAUACAGAGACUACUUGGUGUGGAUACAGCCUACAGGCUCCGCUGGAAGCAAGAAGAAAGUGAAUCUCAACAUUGCACUGCAGGCAAAGCCAAAUGGUUUUGGUACUAGAAUCAGCGAUGCAAUGUUGAAUGGUCUGGAAAUCUUCAAACUCAGCGACUCAGACGGCAAUCUCGCGGGACCCAACCCCGAUCCACCUCCUAUGGACCCAGCAAAUACGACGUCGUCGGCAGGCCCAGAAAAAUCUAAGUCAAGGAGUACUCCUUUGCUUGCCAUUGUUGCUGGUGUAGUUUCCACCACAAUCGCACUGCUCUCUGUUCUCGGGUUAUUCUUGGGUUUCAGGCGACGACAGAAAUUGAAUGACAAUGAUCUCUCCACUCGGAAAGCGACCAACUCAACCAAGAGCCGGGGCUCAUCCUUACCGUCCGAUUUGUGUCACUACUUUUCCUUGACGGAGAUUAAAGCCGCCACCCGAAACUUCAGCGAUAUUUCUAUUAUUGGGCGUGGCGGAUUUGGUAACGUGUAUAAAGGAUACCUUGACGAUGGGGCCACCCCCAUUGCGAUAAAACGGCUGAAACCCGAGUCAUCACAGGGGGCCCAAGAAUUCCAGACGGAGAUCCGAAUGCUUUCACAACUUCGCCACCAGCAUUUGGUGUCGCUCGUAGGAUACUGUACAGACGAUGGUGAGAUGAUCUUGGUCUAUGAUUACAUGGCGCGUGGUACCCUUUGUGACCACCUCUACCACACAGAUAAUCCAUCUCUAUCUUGGGAUCAACGGCUCCAAAUUUGUAUCGGUGCAGCUCGUGGGUUGCACCAUCUUCACACGGGUGCGCAGUACACUAUCAUCCAUCGUGAUGUAAAGAGCACCAAUAUCUUAUUGGAUGAGAAAUGGGUGGCUAAAGUCUCGGAUUUUGGGCUUUCAAAAAUGGGAACCAUCACCAUGUCCAAGACCCACAUCAGCACGAUGGUGAAGGGUAGUUUCGGGUAUUUAGACCCAGAAUACUACCGUCGUAGCCAGUUGACUGAGAAGUCCGAUGUGUACUCGUUUGGCGUGGUGUUGUGUGAGGUGUUAUGUGCGAGGCCGGCUUUAUUACGAACAGUGGAGAAGAAGCAAAUGGGUUUAGCCGAGUGGUUCAAGAGCUGUCAUCGCAAAGGGACACUUGAUCAAAUCAUUGACCCGAGGCUCAAGGGUAAGAUUGGAAACGCAUGCUUGAAUAAGUUUGUUGAGAUGGCGAUAAGUUGUAUGCAUGAUAAUGGGAUCGAACGGCCGUCGAUGAAUGACGUGGUGUGGGGGCUGGAGUAUGCAAUGCAACUUCAUCAAAGAGAGGAGGGAGAGAAAGAUUUCGACCUUGAAAACAAGGGUGAAGAUGAGGUUGCGUUGAUGAAUGAUAAUCAUUCUACAGGGUUUACUACUAGUCGUAGUUGGGAAGGAGGGACGUUGAACAGCGGGCUGACCAAAACAAGUAGUGAGCAAAUCUCUACAACUAACGAAUCGAUUAAAGGGAUGUCUAGGAUAGUGUUUUCUGGGAUCAACGAUUCCGAGGGGAGAUUACCUUAUGAUCUUUCUCUUCUCUUAGAUAUCAUCAAUAACCCAAUUAGCAGCAAACACCUUUCGAAAACAAUAACCAUGAAGAAACUCCUUCUCCCUCCUCUGCCUAUUUACUUCCUUCCCUUGUUUCUGCAAAUCGCCACCCUACUCUCUGCACCUAUCUACACUCCGGUCGAAGACAUCACCAUCAACUGUGGCUCUUCCGGAACCUCACCCAACAUAUAUGACAACCGGAAUUGGACUGGAGAUAUCAACUCAAAAUUCUCCCCCAUUCAAUUACACCAAGAUAACACCAACACCUCAUCCCAAGUCAGAGAAGCACCUCCCUCCUCUGUUAGCCAAGUACCCUAUACCACAGCUCGGCUUUCUCUUUCCGAAUUUAGUUACAAAGUUCCCCUCUCCACUGGGCAGAAGUUUAUUCGUUUAUACUUCCACCCAGUUUCAUAUGACCCCGGCUUCGACCGAUCCAAAACCCUCUUCUCUGUCCAAGCAGGUGGCUUUACCCUUCUCCAUGAUUUCAAUGCUUCUGUAACUGCUGAUGCUAGUGAGACUGAGACGCUAAUAAGAGAGUUCUGUUUGAAUAUUGAUGAAGGACAGAACUUGACCAUCACGUUCACUCCGAGCAGAGCAAUCCCAGAUGCUUAUGCCUUUGUCAAUGGGAUUGAGAUUGUGUCCAUGCCCACCAAUCUUUACUACACUGCAUUCGAAAGCCAUGGAGUUGAUUAUGUAGGCAACAAAGUCAAUUAUCGCAUCGAAAACAUCACGGCGAUGGAGACGGUGUACCGAAUAAACGUCGGUGGAAGUGCACUCUCUUUCGACCAAGACACUGGGAUGUACCGCAAAUGGGACAGUGCAGUAGACGAGCAAAAGUACUUGGAUGAUUUGAGUUCCAGGUGGACUGUUCUUCCACAAAACGUUAGCCUUCAACUCAACUUUGUGAAAAUACCAGAGUACUCUGCUCCACAAGUAGUUUACCAAACGGGCCGGUCAAUGGGCAGCAACCACACCCGAAACAAGAGCUACAAACUGACCUGGGAAUUUCCCGUAGAUCCCAAGUUUCUUUACCUGCUAAGGCUACAUUUCUGUGAGUUUGAGCCUGAAAUUAUGGACACCGGGGACCGGUCGUUUCUAAUCUAUGUGGAGAACCAACUUGCUGAGCCACAAGCCGACAUAAUCAUGUGGAGUGGUGGAAAUGGGAGACCAAUCUACAGGGACUACGUUGUGUUCAUGCCUGCAGGCCCUGAUCGGAAGAAAGUUAAGCUCUUUCUUGCACUGCAAGCAAACCCAAGAGAUUGGAUGACCAAAUACAAUGAUGUACUCUUGAACGGCCUUGAACUCUUCAAACUAAGUGAUACAAAUGGAAAUCUAGCCGGACCAAACCCCGACCCACCACCACCAAAGCCGGUGCAGCUGAAAACCCCCUCAAAACAGUCGAAGAAGAAGUCAACUCCUAUGCUUGCCACCGUUGCUGGUGCAGUUUCCGCCAUACUCGUAUUAUUCUGUGUCCCCGGAUUCUUGGUUAUCAGGCGAAGAAGAAGAUCCAAGGACACCGAUGAUGACUCAUUUGUACUGUCCGGUUUGUGUCGUGAUUUUUCAUUGUCGGAGAUCAAAGCCGCCCCCAAAAACUUCAACCAGGAUUUCAUUAUCGGUGUUGGUGGGUUUGGCCACGCGUACAAAGGGAGCAUCGAUCAGGGCACAAACCCAAGUCGCAACAUAGCGGGGCAGGAGAUUCGAAUUUGAGCGAUGAGAUGAAGGGUGAAGAUGAGGUGUG